AUUACAAUGUCAACAUAUAAAGCAUAUUACUGUGUUUAGUUUUCGGGCCGAUUUAGUAGACAAUUCGUAUUGUUUAAGGUAAAACUUCUAAACCAUUAAGCGUCAUGUUAUUUGUAUUUUGGUUAGCUCUGGUUUCAACUGGAUGUCUUAUGGACGUAGAGGCUGAAGUAAUAGAUGAACAUUAUAUUCAAACACCAGAGACGCCUGUGGUAGACAAUUUAAUCACCGAGGCACCGCGUAGGUCGGUACCUCGAAAAAAAAAGAGCCAAUUUUCAGAAAUAGAUGCGUUAUUCAAGUACAUAAAUCAAACCAACGAGGAAUUCAUGAGAAAUUCAGCAAAUGGAGAUAUGGACUACAACUCGUACUUGGAUACCUUAAGACAUGCAUUUAUUGAAUAUAAAAGGGCCCAUAUGGUCGAAUCCACUACUGAACAUAACUUUGUUAGUUAUGGAUGGUAAAUCAACUGGAAAACUGUCGUAUAUAAAAAUGUGUCAAUCUUGAACUUAAUACUGUCCGAGUAUUAACCGUAAAAUGUAUUAUUUAUCUACAUAAUAUAUAAAAAUAAAUUAUCAUCCAUUAA